AUGCCUAAGUCAAAGCGCUCCAAGGUCGUGCACAUGACCCAGGUCUCCAAGAAGACCCGCGACCAGAAGGAGCAGCUCUUCCAGAGCAUCCGCGACGCCGUCCCCGAGUACCAGCACGUCUUCGUCUUCAGCGUCGACAACAUGCGCAACAGCCAUCUCAAGGACGUGCGACGUGAACUGUCCGACUGCAGAAUCUUCUUCGGCAAGACAAAGCUCAUGGCCAAGGCCCUCGGCCACGACGCAGCCGACGCCCUCGCCCCUGGCACCGAGGACCUGUCCAAGUACCUCUCCGGCACCGUCGGCCUCAUCCUCACGAACCGCCCGGCCCAGGAGAUCCUCGACUACUUCUCCGCGUACGCCCCCGUCGACUUCGCCCGCGCGGGCGUCCCCGCCAGCAGGGACUUCUCCAUCCCCGCGGGAAUCGUCUACUCCACCGCCGGCGAGGUCCCCGCGGAGCACGACGUGCCCAUGGAGCACUCCAUCGAGCCCGAGCUGCGGAGGCUGGGGGUCCCCACCAAGAUGGUCAAGGGCAAGAUCGUGCUGGGCGAGGAGAGCGGCGAGGGCGAGGCGUACAGCGUCUGCAAGGAGGGGGACAUCCUCGACUCGCGGCAGACCAGGCUGCUCAAGCUGUUUAGCGUCUGCUUGAGCGAGUUCAAGGUCAACGUGCUAGCAUACUGGAGUUCGGCUACUGGGGAGGUGACUGAAGUCAACCCCAGCGCAAUGGAGGAAUAA